GGAGGUCCCGUUGCGCUCCAUACCCCCCGACGGGCUGGGUGCCACAGGUGCUAAUGGCCAGGCCUCACACCGCUCAAAACCUUGCCCACCUCUGCAUUUCCAAUCCAGUCCGUCGUGAAGAAGAAAACCGCCGCCGCCCCAUCCGACGCGCCUCACAACCUCUCGCCCUCCCCGAACGAACGACCCCCUCCUCUUUAAGGAAUCUCAAACCACCGAAGAACGAGGAACAAGAUGUCUCGCGAAGCCUACCAAGUCCCCACCGCCGGCGCGACCUCCGCCCCUAGUGCGGCUGCCUACACCUCCUACGGCGCCGAGGGCCCCCAGAUGCAGUACCUCUGCGGCGACUGCGGCCUCAAGUUCCAGCUGCGUCGCGCUGACCCCAUCCGCUGCAAGGAGUGCGGUUGCCGUAUCUUGUACAAGGAGCGUACCAAGAGAAUGGUUCAGUUUGAGGCGAGAUGAUGCCGUUCAACCGGGGAUGUUUCAAUGUAUACGCAACGCGAGGAUGAACGAGCACCGGGAGGAGCUUGGGAUGCUGGGCGGGAUUCUUACACAGAUCCGAGGGUUGAUACCGUAUGAGACCUCAUGCCGUGGGUUCACUGGGUCGCUCAUGAUGAAGAAUGGGCGUUCCACCAGAAGAAUGCCGAGGAGGAAUUGUCUCGGCGCACGAGCGCACUUCGGCCGCCCGCGAUCUGAACCAAAAAAAAAAAAAAAAACACAUCAAAGGGCGCCGAGAUCUGCAGGAGUUACGGAUUGGGGGGUCAAAAUCAAUUCAUAGAGCAAGGCAACUUUCUGCACCUGUUCUUCCUUUUCGAGGUAUCUCAUGAUAAUGCAGCAACCAGUCUUAAAAAC